AUGGUGUUACUUCAGAGGAAAUAUAUAGCAAACAUUGUACCUGUGUACAAGAAAGCAGAAAAAGAUCAAGUUGAAAACUGCGGCCCCAUUGCUCUCCUCUCUAUAAUUUCGAAAGUUCUCGAGCGCUGUGUUCUUCGUAGCAACAGAGAUCACUUGGUAGUCUUGAUCAACAACUCCCAACAUGGUUUUAUUCCAGGAAAAUCUUGUACUUCCCAUCUGGUGGAAGUGCAUGACUAUAUAGGAUCUUUACUGGACGCUGGGAAACAAACUGACGUGAUCUGCAUGGAUAUGUCCAAAGCCUUUGAUAAAGUUAACCACCAAAUUCUUAUUCAUAAACUUUACAACUGCUUUGGCAUCUCUGGUAGUUUACUCGGUUGGUUCUCCUCCUACUUAUUGAACAGAAGGCAACGUGUGACUGUUCUAGGGGCUACAUCAUCUGAAAAACCUGUUUUGUCUGGAGUCUCUCAAGGUUCUAUCCUGGGUCCAAUACUCUUUAUCCUUUAUGUCAACGACCUACCUGAUGUAGUGAAUAAUGCAAAAGUAGCUUCUUUUGCUGACGACACAAAAUUAUUCAAGUGUGUCGAUUCUCACAUAGACGGUGCCUCGAUUCAAAGUGAUCUUGAUAAUCUUGAGGAGUGGUCGACUUCUUCUGGACUUGUAUUUAAUCAAAAUAAAUGCAAGUGUCAGAGAAUUACCAGGAAAAAGACUAUACCACCGAAUUCCCCUACACCAUCAAAAACAAAACCCUUGCAGUAA